CCCAGAGCUUGGCGUCCCUGCAGCCCCGCAAGAAGGACCUGCUCACGGUGCCCGAGGUCCCUAUGCUUUCGGAGGCACGGCCCCUGACACUGGAGGAGAUGGAGGAUGUCGGCAAGCACUACCGGGAGCGCAGGCGGCAGCUCAAGCUCUCCAUCCCCUCCAUCGAGUACACGGAGAGCUGCCGCCUGGUGCGCAGUGGGGACCGGCGCGUGGACAGUCACUGCCUGCCGUCCACGGUGGCUGGUGAGGGCCAGGAUCUGCUGGACUCUGAGCGCAGGGACGGCUUCCUGCUCUACCUGCGCUGUGGGAGGCAGUGCGUGGCCUCGGGGCUGCCAGUGAGGGAGGAUGUCCUCAGCCGAGCGCUGCUGUACCCGGGGGACAGGAUCAUCCUGCAGGACACCCAAGUGCGCCCCAUCCGGCAGCCUGGUGGCUUCUACUCGGAUUGGAAGCCCAUGGCCCCGCACCUGGCCACACACAAGAUGCAAGGCCCAAGGCUGGGGCCCCACAAGAGCGACAAGAAGGCCCCACAGGACAGCAGGAGGACGCCCUCUAAAGAAGCCCAGGAGGUCACCAGGAAGCUGAAGGCGAGGAGACGCGGGGGUAUCCAGCGAACCCACCCCAACGCCUUCUGGCCAGGGCACCUGCUGGACAAGCUGCGGCUGUGCCUGCCCUCGAAGGCCACAGACCGGAGCCUGGCGCUGUUCAGCUGCGUCCGGCAAGAGCGCCACGCCUACCGGGCCACCUACCACCCUGACCGCUGGUGGCCCCUGCAGGACAAGAACUACAUGACCCAAGCCCACUAUGAUUCCCCCAAGGUGUACGCCAUCAACUAGAGUGGCUGGUGUCGCUGUGACGCGGCAGGGGUCCGGCCAGGCCAAAGACGCUGAGUCAGGGUGGCUGGACCCCACGUCCCCGCCCCAGAAGAGUGUCACUGCUGCUCUUCUGGCCUUGGCCUUUGUAAAUAAACCAGCAAGAGCUUUUCUCACCCGA